AUGGAGACACUGCCACGUUUCGUGAUCGGCCACCAUGACCCCAAGAGACCCUUACCAGUCACGGCGGAAACGAUACAAGCCGCUCAUGCUGCCAACUAUGAUAUGGUAACCAGUCCUAUCACUACACCACAUUUCCAUUCACGGGUCUUGACGCUCCUCUCGGCAUCUCUAUCGCAACAUCCAGUUGUCGAUGGGGAAGACAUCACAAAGACCAGGAACGCUUCACCUAUCGUCAUCCCACCACUCACUCCAGCCGAUACACCAUUGACUCCCGGAGAUACAAUCAGCCAGAUCAUCGGAGUCACAAGCUCUUGGAUCGACUUGAGUUCUCCAGAUCCUAUCAUAGCCGAUGUAUCACGACAGGUUCUGAGACUGGAACUGGCAUAUGCCGCUUUCUGUGGCGUUACUUAUGUCGUCAUUCCUGGUCCACGCCUACGAGGUCAAGGAGCUGUCGAUAGUGGCAUCGCAGAAUUUGCCCGAGCAAUCGUGGAUGGAAUCAGCCAAGGCCCAUAUAUGCAGCUUUACAUCUGGUUCCCCCUUAUCGACAAUGCAGACGACCAGGAAGACGAAAUGGGCGAUUUGGCCCCGUUUGCGCGUCAACGGUUUUCGGAUCCAGACGACUCCAAGCCCAAGAGACUAGAUGUUUUUGGUUCAUGGGAGGCUUGGGACAUGAUUAGAUCGAUAUGUAAAUAUCCAUCCAGAUUGUGUGUAGCAUUGUCGUUACCCAAACUGCUUCCACCGACUCCUAUUCAGUCCCGGUGGUACUCCGAACCAGUACGAUUGGUGACCUUGGACUCGAAGAUCUUUUCGAAGAAUGCCAAAGGGUAUCCGGUUCUAUCUCGAGCUCACCAGGCAUUCAUCAGCCGAUUCUCUACGUUGCGCACACCACCUUGGUUUCUUCUUUGCAAUACUGGUCCUAUUGUCGCCGCUGCCAACGGUGCCCCCCCAGCCCCUGGAUGGUUCCCACCUCUAUCCGAAGCAGUCGAAACUCCACACCUCAAAGAUCCCACGCCGCAUCUAUCGUACAUGCGCAAUCUGCAAAACAAGCAGCCCGUUCCAGACGCUAUCUCCAGUUUUGGUGCCGGAUACCAAGACUACCUUCAAGCACCUCUCCAGCCCUUGACCGUCAAUCUGGAGAGCGUCACGUAUGAGGUCUUCGAGAAAGAUCCCAUCAAGUAUGCAUGGUACGAACGAGCCAUUGCGCGGGCUUUACACGAUUGGAUCGAGCAAGGUAAACCCACCUCUAACCCUGACGGUCGAGUUGUGGUUGCCGUGGUUGGUGCCGGUCGGGGUCCUCUCGUCACCCGAGCCCUGAAAGCCAGCGAAGAAGUCGGUGUCGAGAUUGACAUGUGGGCGCUUGAAAAGAACCCCAACGCCUAUGUGCUGCUUCAGAGACACAAUGCAACUACAUGGAACAACAAAGUCAACCUGGUCAAAUCUGACAUGAGAACAUGGAGGGGUCCAGUUCGUGGCGCAAACACGCCGCUCAGCGCUCGAAUCUACAACCAAGAGGCGAGAGAGGACGGUGAGGUCAAUAUUCCACCAACCGCUGCGGCAGCUGGUACUGGCGAGUCCUACACCGGCUCUCCAUCUCUCGACUCGACAUACCUUCUUGCGACAGCGGCCUCAGGGUCGUCGUCAACGCCGUACAAAAUCGACAUCCUGGUCUCGGAGCUCCUCGGUUCUUUUGCAGACAACGAACUCUCCCCCGAAUGUCUCGACGGCGUUCAACACCUCAUGAAUCCCGUUCACGGUAUCUCGAUUCCCGCAUCAUACACGGCCCAUAUAACACCCAUUGCUGCCCCGAAACUUCACGCCGACAUCAUGCACGGCAUGACGCCCACGAACCCCAGCGCGCCCGAGACGCCUUACGUCGUCAUGUUCAACGCCAUCGAUCAUCUGAGCACCACCACCACCACCACACCCGGAUCGGCCGGUCCGUCGAGCUCGAAGUCCCCGACGCGGUCUCAGUCCCAAUCCAACCCCCCGCCGACUCCACCGACGCCCAUCAUCGGAACGACAUGGUCGUUCCAACAUCCCAAUCCCUCCCUUCCACCGCUCGUGGGGGACGGGGCGUUGAGCAAUGCCCACAACGCACGCAGGUCGACGCUCACGUUCCCCAUUCCCAACCGGGGCACCUGCCACGGUCUGGCGGGGUAUUUUGAGACCGUUCUCUACAAGGGAGUCGAGUUGUCGACGAACCCAAACACGAUGGACUCGAAGAGCGAAGGCAUGAUAAGUUGGUUCCCUAUAUUUUUCCCACUCAAGACUCCGUUGACCGUCCCCGACAAGUCGGAACUCACCGUGACCAUGUACCGGCGAACCGACGACCGGAAAGUGUGGUACGAGUGGCUCGUCGACGUGUACAUUUGCAUUCCGGACGGUCGGGAUCGUUCGGUGUCGGGACCUGGCGGAAUCUCGCGAGGUGGUCGCAAAAUCCGCGUGGGCGGGAGUGAGCUACACUCGUCUGAGAAGGAGGCAUGUUUGAUGUGA